AGGUGCAGUUAACCAUGGCUCUCCAACAGUUUGUGUGGUGCUUCACUGUGGUGAUCAUUUUCUUCUGCAAAGGUUGUCACUCACAGCAGCCCAAGUGUGGCAGAAGUGCUGUGAACAGCAGCAGCAUCACAGGAGUUCGUGAUGCUGCACCAGGAAGUUGGCCCUGGUUCACUAUUGUAAACACUUAUUCUGCAGGGUCUCUGAUCACCGACCAGUGGGUGCUGACAGCUGCAUCCUCCGUAUCAGAGGAUUACAGUAGCAUGAUGGUCUUGCUGGGCAGCAACAGCCUGUCAGGUCCAAACCCAAAUAAAGUGAGGCUGAACGUGAUAGACGCCACCUGCCAUCCUGGAUUCAACCCGUUGACUCGUGAGAACAACAUUUGUCUUCUGAAGCUGUCGGCUCCUGUGAAUUUCACAGACUACAUUCAGCCAAUCUGCUUAGCCUCAGAAAACAGCACUUUCAACAAUGAGACCAGCAGCUGGGCCAUCGGCUUUGGUGGCAUUGAGGUAUUCAGCUAUAACCUGCAGGAGGCAAAAGUAUCAGUAGUGGGAAACAAUGUGUGCAAAGCCAGAUUUCCAUGGAUCCCAGACAGCAUCAUCUGUACUAGAGAGACGGAUUCAUGUUGGGAUACUCUUGGAGCGCCACUCAUGACUCAGAGUAAAUCAGUCUGGCUCCAGAGUGGAGUUUUCAGUGUGCCUGGAUGCACUGCAUCUCCUUCAGCCUACACUCCUGUGUCCCAGUACCAGAAAUGGAUCAGCGACACAGUUACAGGGACACCACCAGGCUUUGUUACCUUCCCCUCCCCACACAGUUCAUUACAAACCACUGCUCCUCCCACCGCUCCUCCAACUGCUCCCCUCACCGUCCCUCCUACCACUCCUACUGCCCCUCCUACUUCCCCGACAUGUGUGGGUGUGUUUUGCAGUGGUGAAAACCUGAUCCACUUCACUCACUUCUCCUCUCUGUGUGUUCUUGUUGUGUUGCUCCAUGUGUUUGCUGGAACUGUUGGAAACUAGAUCAACACAUUUACUCAAGUUCAAUACAAACAUGAAGAACUUUACCUGACAUGUUACUUUAUAAAUAAAAGAACCUUUUAUUAUUUAUUCAUUGCUAACAUUCAUUCUAACUUCCAAUCCAAUUUUAUUUAUAAAGACUUUAAAAUAUCCAGCACAGGUCCAAAGUGCUGUACAGAAAAUAAGUUAAAAACAAUAGAAUAACAGAAAACAGCAAAAAUAAUACAUAACAUAAUGCAUAAAAU